GAGCUCCGCCUAGUCCAAUGGGGACGCGGCGCCCGGGUCGCGCGUGCGCCCUGCAGCCUCGCCCGGAAGCGAAUGCCUCGGUGCUGAGCGCGGACUCGCGGAGAUGAACCCUUUAACUAAAGUGAAGCUGAUCAACGAGCUGAAUGAGCGUGAGGUCCAGCUUGGCGUGGCAGAUAAGGUGUCCUGGCAUUCUGAGUACAAGGAUAGCGCCUGGAUCUUCCUGGGAGGGCUUCCUUAUGAACUGACUGAAGGGGACAUCAUCUGUGUGUUCUCACAAUAUGGAGAGAUUGUUAACAUUAAUCUGGUACGGGACAAGAAGACUGGCAAAUCCAAAGGAUUCUGUUUCCUCUGCUAUGAGGACCAGAGGAGCACAAUUCUGGCCGUUGACAAUUUUAAUGGGAUCAAGAUCAAAGGAAGAACUAUCCGAGUGGAUCAUGUGUCUAACUAUCGCGCUCCUAAGGACUCAGAGGAAAUGGAUGACGUGAGCAAAGGGCUCCAGGAGAAGGGCUGUGGGGCUCGCACCCCCUCACCGAGUUCAUCUGAGGGCUCUGAAGAUGACAAACCCACAAAAAAACACAAAAAAGACAAAAAGGAAAAGAAGAAAAGAAAGAAAGACAAAGAGAAGACUGACCGAGAGGUACAGGAAGAGCAGCCAGCCUCCUCUUCAUCGCCCAGAAGCAAGACAAUAAAGGAAAAGGAUGACCCUGGCUCGAAAAAGCAUAGCAGCAAGAACUCAGAGAGGGGUCAGAAGUCAGAGUCCAGGGAGGUUCGGAAGCACCACCCCAGCUCCCCUGAGGUCAGGACGACUUGCCGCAGUGGAGCAGAGGAGCGAGAGAGGGAGCUGAAGAAGGAGAAGCCCAGGCACGAACACAAGUCCUCAAGCAGGAGGGAAGAAAGAGAAGAAAGGAACAGGGAUAGAGACAGAGGCCGAAACCCAGAUACACAUUCUAGCUGGCACAGUGAGCGCUCUGAGGGGCACAGCCACAGAAGUCGAAGUAGGAGCCGAGAUAAAUCUCAUAGGCAUAAAAGGGCCCGGCACUCCUGGGACCAGGAGUCCUCUAAUCCCAGUGACCGCAGGCAUCACUGAAGCCGCAGCCCGUUCAGCUGCUCGGUAGAAUUGGAAAUGAGCUAUGUUUCUAAAAUGCAAUCAAAUUCAAUUAUGCUUUGACUGUUGCUAUAUGUAAAAUCUCUGAGGCUGCAUUGUUGUAAUCUCUUGAGUGUAGAGUGAGUGACAGAGCUAUAGUUUCAACAGUCAAGUGUCCUGGAGUUUUGAGCGAAAGCUGUUGUCCCUGGGAAUACCCUUGGUACUUAAUCAGAGUAUGUAUCCUAAAUUUGGGUUCAAGCAUAUGGCCCUUGAAUUUGUGACCCCACUUUAUGGUGAAAUGUCCAGGAAAGAGGAAAUAUCAGGCAAUUCUAGAAUUCUAGUCUUUGUGCUAGAUGUUUAGAACCCUUGCAGUGACCUUUCCUGUUGGCAGAUGGGACCAUAGAGAAGCAUGGCUUGACUAGGUUCGGACAGCUCGAUGUGAAUGUGAUAGUGAUUCUUAACAUCAGCCUGCUCACUGCCCCCCCUUUUUUUGAAAUUUUAAACGUCUUCUUUUUUGCUUUUUGUUUUUUUUUGGUUGAUAUGUCUCCACGGUUUUUUCUUGCAAUUUAUUUAUUUAUUUAUUUUUAUUGAGAUGAAAUUAACAUAAAAACCAUUUCAAAGAGAACAAUUUAGUGGCAUUUGGUACAUUCGCAGUGUAAACCACCGUUAAAACCACCACUGCUAUCUAGUUACAAAAUGUUUUCGUCACUCUAAAAUGAAACCACGUACCCAUCUAGCAGUUAUUCCUCAUUCCCUCCUCCUCCUCGUCCCUGCCAACCACCAAUCUGCUUCUCAUUUCUAUGGAUUUACUUAUCCUGGACAUUUCAUGUAAGUGAAAUCAUACAAUAAGUGGUCUUUUGUGUCUGGCUUCCUUCACAUAGCAUAAUGUUUUCAAGGUUCAUCCGUGUUGUAUCAAGCCUCGGUACUUCAUUCCAUUUUAUGGCUGAAUAGGAUUCCAUUGUAUGGAUAUACCACAUUUUGUUUAUCCCUUCAUCAGUGGAUGGACAGUUGGGUUUCCACCUUUUGGCUAGCCAGCUCCCUUUCCAUGUUCCAGACAUGCCAGGCUACUUCUGGGCUUAGUCUGAUUUUCAAGUAGCUGUUCUUGUUGAGAAGGGAACACUUUUUCAGCUCCAUUGCAUAUCUAUCUGGUCUGCUUGGCAGUUCUUUCUCAUUUUGAGAUUCUUGUCAUUCUCUUGUAUCAACCAUUCCCUUAUGAGUUUGAUAGGAACUGGUACCUACACAAGACCUUAAUACCCUUGCUGAAUUUUUAAAGUUGAAUUUCUGACCCUGUAAAACAGAGGAGUAAAGCUUUAAUAGCACACUAAGUUAGAUUACCUGGUGUGUUAGUUUGUAUCCUAGAUUAGAUGUGUAAGAAAUUUUUUGCGGGGGGAAAUGACCAUGAAGGAAAAUGAAGAGGGAGCUGGAGGCGUCUGGGAGAGCUGUCAGACUAUGAUGCAGGUCUAGCCUCCGGAGAAGAGAGAAGGGAAGAAGUGAAGUGGGUAGGAAAAGUCUUAGACUGAUGUGGAGUUCUAAGAACAUUUCAGCAAGACCAGUAGUGAGUCCUUGAGCCAAAGUUGCCAUCAGACUCUCACUAGAUCAGCCUUGGUAAGCAGGAGUCCUUGCUGUGGGCCUCCAUCAGCCAUGGUGGCCACUCUACUUAUGUGUCCAUCGUGCCAGUUGUGUGGUAGCCAUUGACGAAGGCCCAUGCACCUGUCUGAGUCAUUUUGUCUGCUUGGUUUAGUGCUUCUUCUGUGGUGGAUGUUCUCUGAUGAGUGUUAACGUGUGACGCAGAAAUCUUCAUACUUUGCCUGCUCCCAAAUGUCAAUCCACAGCCUUUACACUAGAGCCCCUUGUCUCUGAUUUUCCAGCACUUUUCCUUCCAGGCUCCCAACUAGAUGGUCAGACCAUUGGACACUGCCCAGGAGUCUAUACAUAUUCAAUAAAUAUUCUCGCUUCAGGCCACUCCUUCCACACCAAGUCAGUUGUACUGCUUACAGUUGCAUCCAUUGGAAAAAUUUUCCUUUUCCACCCCUGAACAUGGCUGUAAUGCAGAUACCAUCCAUCUAUCUUCAUUUUGCACCCACGUACUGAGCUGACCUGUCUGUAAACCAAGCUCAAGCUGUUUUCUCUUCCUCCAGCUGGUUAUACGGGAACCCCCAUGUGGCCGUAGGUGCAAAUACAUGGUAAGGGCUACCACUCUGCAUCUUUUAGGUUUUUAAUAAUGGUACUGAUCUACUCUGUCUCCCCUGGGAUGUAAUACUGUGUUUGAUUUAUGUAUCAAUCAGGGUUUUACCAGAGAAACAAUUAGUAGGAUAUAUAUAUCCUACUGUAAGCCAAUUCCUUGCGAUAAAGCGUGUAUAUGUGUGUGUGUAUAUAUAUAUACACACACGUAUAUAUAUGGCAAGAAAUUGACUUACGUAGUUGUGGUUGCUAGGUAGGCAAGUCUGAAAUUUAUAGGGCAGGUUGGAAACUCUUGAGCAGGAACUGACACUGCAGUCCACAGGCAGAAUUUCUUCUUCAGGGAAAUCUCAAUUUUGCUUUUAAGGCCUUCAACUGAUUGGAUGAGGCCCACCCAGAUUAUCUGGGACAAUCUCCUUUACUUAAAAUCAACUAAUUGUAGAUGUUAACCACAUCUGCAAAAUACCUUCACAGCAACACCUAGAUUAGUUGAUUGACUAAUUGGGUACUAUAGCCUAAGCCAAAUUGACACAGAAAAGUAAGCGUCACAGUUUACUCCCUUGUCCAUGGUGGUGGCGGUGGGGGUGGGGUGGGGGCAGUUUCAGAGGUUUCUACUUGGCUUUCCUCGCUGUGACAGCUCCUACCCUGCAGGCCAAGGACCCACGUGGGGUUACUCCCAGCUACCAACUCAGUUCCAGUUACACAGUUAAGGACUGGGAAAUGACCACUGUGUAGGUCUGCAGGCCCACUGUGAGUACUGUUUUAGCCAGGACUUCAGUUAUCACUCAGCCCUUGAAGUCCCCAGUAUAACAGAAGCCGUGAUGCUGCUGCAGGUCCCUAAGUGUCAACAUCAACUUAGAUCUUGAGUCUAGCAUUCCUCGAACGUCUAGCUGUUCUUUCCCCCGUGUACAUACCCCCACGUAAGUGGCUGUGGUCACUUUGGGGGAAGUACUGGGGGAAUAGCACAUACUCACCAUUGUCCUUCCUCCUAGGGACCCAGCUCCCUCUGCCAGAUGUGAAAGUGGGCCAAAGUCUGGAAACUGAGCCAGGAAUUAGGGCUUUUUACGGGGAAACCUCCCUCAGUCCCCUGCUCCUCUGCUUUAGUCUUUUUCAGCUCUCAAAUCUUGAGCAGCACCUUUGUUGGCUGUCGGUUUGUCAUGCUCCUCCACAACUCCCUGUGGGUCAAGCGCCCCCAGCUGCCCUUCAGACCUUGUAUGGUCUCUUACUGCCAUCUCUGGCCUGCAGCACCUCUGAACUUAGUGAUGCUGGUGCCCCUUUUCACCAGUGCCUUCCUGAUGGCCUUGGUGAAUAGGGUGUCCUCUGGGCUCCUCUGUGGAACACUACCCUCUGGUGGGGUUUUUCACCUCAUAUAAUAUCUCCACUCCAGCAUGCCCACUUCUCGCUGCCUUUUAAUUCCUUCCUCUGCCAUUCGUCCUGGCAGCUCAGACAUUGCUACUUUUCUCAGUGGUGACCAUCAUUUCCUCUGGGCCUCUAAGUGACACCUUAGUAGAGACUUACCCCCUGUGGUCCUUGCCAGGGGCGUCAAAUCCUGUCUCCUGAGAAAGUGCUCCCAAGCCUGUGAACUCUUGCUUUUCUGGCCCUCUUGAUAGAGCACCCUUGAAAUCCAAACCCAGUGCUUCCUUGGCUCCUGUUAGUACCCCCCCCCAGCUAAUUUUUGCAGCUCUUUGGUGUAUACUCUCUUCUUCAUUAGACCCAGCACUUCCCCAGACAGGUUAUGCUGGGAUCUAAUCCUAGUUAUCAGCUUAGUAACUGGGAAAGGGGCUGGACACAGCUCCUCAGAGAGGGGCACCAGUUGCCUUGUUGGGGAAGCAGCCUCUGCAGCGUCUUCCAGCACAGGGGAAGUGCUAGCUCAUUACUAGGGAAUGGUGGCCCCCUCUGCACUCUGAGGGCUGGGUGGGGAUAUCUACAGAGCCAACACCCUCUGGGGUGUCUGGCCAGAUGUUCCCAUCCCCUGUUUCAGGGUCCCAGGAUUUUUCAACCACAUGAAGUCAUGUGGCCCUGACUUAAGCAAAGCAGACCUACCGCAUAUUAAACAUUGAGUAUUUAUCUCCCUGGAGUUCUCCAGCUCUAUUAUGUUCUCUCUUUGUUACUCAGCUGUGUUCGCUCCUGCACUGUAGGAAAUAAGAGCCUUUUUGUAAGCUCCACGGAAGCCCUUGGGCUCUCAUGCAUAAUCUUUAGCUACUUAAUAACUGUCAUCAUUUCUCAUUACCCUGCUGCAGGGCAUCGGUACAAUUUAACUGUAUGCAGCUGUCUCCACUGUCUCUGUAGGCCUUAUUCUCCCAUAUUUUUCAAAAGCCUGAAUUGCUGCAUCUCCAAGGCCACUCUCCCAGUUUUCCCAGGUCAUCUCCAGAGAAAUCUUUAGCAGCUGGACUGCCACCCUAUGCCUUGGACUAUCCGUGCCCCACACCCGCCUCAGGACGGUGUCUAUUUUGUCCACCAGGCACUGACGAAAGCAGUCUCAGAACUCCAUCUUACCACAGGCUGUUUUCUUGGACCAGCACUGGCACCAUUUGUGCUAGUUUGAGUUCUCUGAGAAGCAGAUGCCAGGAUGGGGUUAUACAUGUGAGAGAUUUAUUAGGGAAAAUGCCUGUGGGGAAAAUGAGGAGGGAGCCAGAGGAGUCAGGGAGAGCUGUGGGACUAGAUGCAGGUCUGAGCCCUGUGCAGGAGAGAGGGAAGGAAGGAAGGGUGGGUAGGAAAAGUCAGACUAUGUGGUGCAGUUCUAAGAACAUUUCGGCAAAGCAACUCUGUCUGGAGAGGCAGUCCACCAUGGGCCCUGAGCAUCCCUGCAGGUUCUUGGUGAGGGUCCUUAAAGGAAGGCUUAUCUGUACCCUGUUACUCAGCCAUUUCUGAAGGGCAAGGUAACCAGUGUGACUACCGUUUAACUUCUUGCUUCCCCGGGGAGGGGCAGUGGUUUGUUUGCUCAUGGCUCAAAAAGUCCCAGGUCCUUGACCCUGGGUUCCUCAGCUGCAGUUCUUCCCACUGCAUGAGUGGCAUCCACCUGAGCCCAUUGCAUUGCCCUGUGGCACUUGGGGGUAGGGGAACUGGCAAAUCUAUGCUGAUACUCAUGGUGUUUGCUGUGUUGUAAUAAACUGUCUUGUUCUAAUGCAUUAAGUUGCACUGUCUACUUUCUACACUUGUGAAGUAGUGUCACGUCUACUCCUUGCUGUCCUUUGUGAGGUUGGAUAGCAUCCCUGACCAAAGUCGCAUGUUGGGGCGUCCUGUGUCUCGCAGGAAUGGCCUGUCUUAGUAUCUCUGCCAUACCCAGUCAUUGGCUGAGAGCAGCCCGUGGGAAGUUUGGCCUUGGUGAAAAUGCAGUAAUGAUGGAUUUCAGGGCUCAGCAGCUGUGGCCGGAGGUCACUUAUGCUCCCUGCAGUCAGAGGUCUGAGAGGCACAUAGACAUCCUGCACCAGGCCCAGCCCGAAAUGACCAGCUAGUCGUUGGUUUUAGUUGGUCUUUGGGAAUAGUGAAUAAGACAGUUGGAAUUCAUUGGUGGACAAAAUUCCCAGUGACCUGAAAGCUAAACAGCCAUGUUGAAUGAAGUACUCAUUAAGAAUGCUUUUUAGUUGUUGGCUUCUCAAUAUUUCUUUCAUGUGGCCUAAUUAACACCCUAGUCUUUCUGUCUGUCUCAUUUUUGCUUCCUCUAACCUAUCAUGUCACGUACCUACUAAGGAUCUGUCUUGGCAGUUUAUGGACUCAUUGAAUCUUAAAUUGGAAAUAAUCCUUAUCUGGUACAGGUCAGCCCUUCUGUAAACAUGUUUUGAAGCUCUUUGAAAGGAAUAACCUAGUCAUUGUCUAAAUGGUAUUCUAAUGAAGUGUAAAGUGCUCUGUACUGUGCUGUUAGGAGCAAAGAAUAAAGUCAAAUGUUUCCUGGUGUCUUUUAUUUUAUCUAAAAAUGUAAACUUAGAAGACGUAAUUUGGGGUGUGAUUAUUUGCACUAGAAGGAUUUAACCUAGCGUUCUUCCUUCUCUAAAUAAGUGGCCCGAUUUCUGCAAUUGUUACUGGAAACUGCGUCAUAAAAUAGAUGAUAAGAGCAAGUCAUAUUUUCCAGUAGGAAAUAAUCAACAAUUACAUUCAUGAUAAGCAUUUGGUAUUCUAUAGAUUAAGUAUGACCACUAGUAUACCAGAAGACACAUUUGUCCCUAGAUGAAUCAUUAAAAAUACUGAAAUUAUGUGCCAGGUCCUAUAAAAGGACAAAACCAUAUGAUACAUGUUAAUUAAGUUACUCUAAAGUGUAUGCUUGUCACACAGAUAUAUAACUAUUGUAUAUUUAAUCCAAGGCCAAUAGACUUUUUAUAAUGCACAUCAGUCAAAAAUUUGGUUACCGUUUGCCAGCUUAGAAUUUAGAAGGGUACUUUGGGGAUGAGUGAAGAUGACCCAGCCUCUUGAAAGAAUGGUUCAAAAACGUCUGAAUAAAUGCUUUCUUUUUUUUCAUGCUUCAUAAGAAGCUGAGGCAUUUGAUAUCAUUCCGUUCACUUUAGGUUAGGGUUAGAAUUGGCUUAAGAAGUGAUGUUGAUGAUGAUUAAGAUGAUGUUUCUUCAAGAGAAAGGCAGCAGCAGCUAACAGUAAAAAAAUGAUUAUUAAUUUAAAUCUCUAAGUUCUUUGGAUUUUUUAUUAGUUUACCAUAUGAUUGUAAGUCAUAAAGUAGACCGUCUGAUUGUUAUCAGAGUGCACAUCUUAUUUUGUGUGCCAACUUUACUUACAUGUGCAUUUGUAUCCGUGUCAUUUUCAGUGGCCGUAUAGCAUUCUUUCCUGAUAUACACUGCACCAGUCCCCCACUUGGAUUGUUUUAAUUGUUCAGCAUAAUUAAUAGUAUUGCUAUGAACAUUUUUAUACAGAGUCUUAAAAAUCUUCUCCUUUUGUAUUAUUCCCUUGGACCACAUUCGCCAAAGUGGAGUUACCAGGACCAAAUGUACAGAUAGAACCAUAGCUUGUCUUACUUAUUGUCAGGCUGCUUUUCAGAAAGAUCAAAUUUGUGGAACCAUCAGCACUAUAGAGUUCAAGUGUAGUUCUUUCCCUACAUUCUGCACAACACUGGAUUUUAUAAUUUUAUUCCCUUUUUCUUCUCUGAAAGGUAUAUUGUCAUACCUUCAGGUUAUUCUAAUUUGUAUUUUCUCUCAUUGCAAGUGAGGCCAUGCAUUUUUACUUUUAGUGUUUUCGUCUAUUACAUUUAGUCCAUUUCCAAGGACUGUAGAUACUAGCUCAUAUAUUCUUGUAUUUUGGCCAGCAGGCUUUGAACAGCUAUGGUAGGCACAUUACUCUGAUUCUGGUGCUCACCUUUUGACAUUUAGCUCAUUAGACAAAAAACAGUUUUAAAAAUGAGGACUGACUUUAUUUGAAGCUACAAAUGCAACUACAGAAAAAGACUAAAGCCGUGGCAUCAGGAAAUAGCUGUCAAAUAGCAUGCUCACAUUCGCUCGCUCUCCUUCCAUUCUCACCUCCCCCCCUCUUUUCCUCUCUCUCUGUUUUCUGUCUUUUUGAGGGAGAAUAUUCAAUUAGACUUCUUUCUCAAGUCAGGCGUUAAUACACUUGUUAUCCAUAGACUAUCUUGGGAGGUAUACUCGAUCCAGUGGUAACAGAUUGCUUCUGGAGAGGAGAACCAGGUAGCAGCUGGGAGAGGAGGGGGGUGAGGGGAAGAGGCUUACUUUUCACUGUACCUUUUGUAACUUUUGAAUUUCGAACUGGAUUUGUAUAGCUUAUUAAAACAAAGCCAUAUGUAA